UGUAAAUGUGCGUAUUGUUGUGGUAACGAGACAAAAAUCAACAUGCCAAAAGAAUCAUUUCGUUGUGACGGCUGGCGGAAUUCCAAGUACGCCAGCAAAGUGUGGUUCGCGGGAGUGCCCGCGCAUAAGUUAUCCCAGCAGGUCAACGCGGUUACCAACACCCUACUACAACCCUUCCCUUAGCUUGGUCAAAACACAAUGACAGGGCGCAGAAGAGGCCAAGAACUCCACCGGUUCCCCGCCGGUGAGCGGUGCGACGAAUGCCGAGCGAAAAGAUGGUAUGCAGAAAGUGGACUCAGAUACUGCGAAAAUGGACAUCGCAUCGAGGGCUAUGUCGAGUUCGACAUCGACGAAGAAGACAACUUCGGGCAGCAGGGAAAGAUCGUGCGCAAGGAGCGGGAGGCAAGGGAGAAAGCGACGAAGCAUCUCUCUGGCAACGCGGCGCGUGAGCUCUACCUAGAAUGCCUCCAGCUCAUACUGCGCAAGCAGAUCUGGUGGCUGGUGCACAGCAAGGGCUUGCCAGAGGAGCUGGAAACCGUUGUUCGCGACCUCUGGGACCUGCGCAUCAGGAACUUUGCCGGCCUCAGGAGCGCUGCGGAAUCGACCGACGGCGAGUCGGGCCUGGAGUCCGGCAUGGACUCUGGCACCGAGCUCUUCAGCUCGCAGGCCGGGAGCGAGAGCGACGCGUCCACCGCCACGACGAGGACGACGCUCAGCCGCGGCAGGAGCUGGACCUCGGAGCCCGGGCAGGAUUGGAAUCUCCCAGGGCUGUUCCACAGUCUCGCGCUCUGCUACCUCGGAUGCCUGUCGAUGAGCCUGCCGGUGCGCGUCGGGCAGAUCUACAACUGGGCCAAGGAUGACCACCUGCUCUUCCUCGGAGCAUUCGAUGCGCUCCCUGCGCCAAUGACGGCCAGGCUGCCCGGCGCAUACCACAGAGCCCUCAAGGUGAAGAACGCCUCAUUUCGGGGCGGAGAGCUGCACGAGGCCGUGCUGGAACUGGUUCUUGAUUAUCACCUCAAUUACGAGAUGGCAUUUCCUCCGCUGAACACACCUCUGCUUCUAUUGCAAUAUUUGCGGGAACUAGCACUGCCUUCGGAGGUAUAUGUCCAUGUCCGAGCAAUGUUAAGGCUUCUAGGUUUCCACUGUACCUUCGACAUGGAAAAGAAACGGUUCAAACGGCUCGAUCACCCAGACAUCCUCCUGAUAUCCUGCAUUAUAUUCGCGACAAAGCUACUCUAUCCGUUUGACGGCAAAGAGCGGCCUCCUGUCAGCUACCGCGACCCAUCAUCCUUGCAGAUAGACUGGGACCAGUGGCGAGAACUCAUGAGGGACCCCGAAUCAGAGGGCUUGGAACGGCGGGCGAUGCAUCAAUUACAGCCCGAUGACGCGUGGACCAUGAACGACAAGAAGAUUGACGAUUACCUCGACUGGUACGAGGAGACACAGGUCAAGACGGGCAAUGAGUCGCAGGAGCUCAAGGAACUGUUCCCUCUGGCAGACAGGCGGCUUCAGAGGCCCAAGCCUGAGCUGACUGAGGACGAAAUAGAUGACAGGCUCAGGACGGCACAGAGCUACCUAAGAUCGGUGCGGCCAGAGAAAGGAAGCUGGUUCAAGAGGGUAGGCGAAGACCACGCAGUGUACCGCACCCCUGAUGACCUGCCUGAAGUUGCAAAGGCAUUCUACAGCAAGGCGGCCGAUAUCUCGGGGCUGUCUCUUGGCGUACUUGUGAAAGCCGUGCAUGCUUUGGAAUUGAAGGUGCAUCGAUGGACCACCCGGGAGCGAAAGGCUGAGGUGGAAGCGAACCGGUCUGGUUCGGAGUGACGAGAAGAGCAGUUUCCCGGUCCACAGAGAGUUGAAAACGCCCUCGAUGUAAACUCUUACGGGUUUACUUCUAAUUGACGAGCUUCUACUGGGAUAACAUACUGUAGGGCCACCUCUUGCAG